UGUAACAUUUUAGGCUGACAGUAAGCAGCUAUUCGAUCGUUUUCAAUGUUAUCUGGAUUAUUGGUUGGAUCUAUUAAUUUAAGAAAAGCUCUGCCGAUUUAAUGUAAAAGAUGUCAUUUGAUACAGAAAAAGUUUCAGCUUUCAAAACAAAACUGUUUGGAAAAAGAGACAAGUUUGAAAUAUCAGAUGGUGAAGAUGAUAGCGAAGAUGAGGAUGGUAAUAAAUCUAAUAAAAUACCCAAGAAAAAAAGAAAACACGAUUCAGAGUUAAAUAUUCCUAAACAUCAUGUUCAUCAAGGACCUUGUCAUCAAAGGCCUCCAUACAGACAAGGAAAAAAAUUUACAGCUGUCAAAGUAUACACAGUAAAUGAUGAAUCACAACACUUGAUAGUGAAUGGAGUACCAAAAAUCAAUCUUCUAGAAGAACUAGCUGUUAAAUUUGCUGUAUAUGGAACGAUAAAAAAAAUUAUAGUCUUACCAGAUUAUCCAUGUGAAGAUUUUAGCGAAGCUUAUCAUGUACACUAUAGUACAAUACAAAGUGCUAGACAUGCCAAACGGUUAAUGGAUGGAUUUAAUUUUUUUGGAGGUGCAUUACAUGUUUUCUAUGCCCCUGAGUAUGAGAGUAUUACUGAAACAAAACAAAAGCUCCUCCAAAGGCAAAGGGACAUAACAAAGAGAUUGGAAAGACUUCGUAACGAUCCUACUCCAGACCCCAAGAAAGUAACAGAACCGACAGAGUUGGAUGAAAUUGUGUGAUCAAAGUAUUUUUCAUUAUUUGAGAGUAUAUUUUGCAAACUGUAAGUUAACUUGGAGCAAGUUUACGUUCGCUGUCAUUCUUAUUACACUGACACACGACAGCUUGCUUUAAUUCAUGUGUGCUGUAUUAUAAUACGAAUCACCAUCUCACCACAUAGAACAAUGAUUGAGCAGACGACAAUCAAGUCACGGAAAACUCCGCUCUGGCGCAAACAUAUCAUGCGGAUUUUUACUCAAGUUUUACUCUAUGCCAUGGCCAUCGAGCAGAUCGAGCUGCGAGAUUUGCACUAUGUUUAAUUCGAUAGGUUACAGUGAAAAUCACGGAUGAUAAUGAGCUUCGAUACCCUUCACAUUCUUUGUUUACGUUUAAACAUCGACAUGAGUUGCUGUUAUGCUUGGCUCGUCAUGAAAAUACCUGUAGAAUCGGUCGACCUUAUCAACGUGUAGACAGUAGAAGAAUAAUAUUUGAACUCCGCGAAAGCGUACAGAUUAUCUAAGACAAAUAUGAAGUUAAUUAGAAACCAGUGUAGGUAUUGAAAUCCUACAAAGAGGAAGAAGGGCUUUGGAUAAAGAUAAAAUUGUUGAACAAUUAAAUUACCUUACGAAUUAUGCUCUGUCCAAC